CUGAUUUAUAAUUUAUUUAUUUAUCUAAUGUCGCUUAAGUAGCUUUAUUUUGCUCAUAUAUAUUUUGUUAACAUUUUAAAUUUUAAAAUGACACUGGACGCACACAAAGGAGAAGAUAAACUCCUGACAACAAUACAGCAAGAAUAUAAAGUGCUUGCUGAGUACAAAAUGAUUGAAUCGGAAAAAAUAGGUGGGGUCUAUGUCAUACCGUCGUACGGAAACUCACUAUUAUGGUUUGGGGUAAUCUUCGUGAGACAAGGAUUUUACGUUGAUGCAGUAUUUCGAUUCACUAUACUUUUACCCGAUAACUUUCCUGAUGAUAAAUCAUUACCUACUGUUAUCUUCCAAAAUGAAAUAAUACACCCACUCAUCUGCCCUUAUACCGGCUCAUUAGAUAUCUCUUGUGCCUUCCCUUAUUGGCGUAGUGGAGAAGAUCACAUUUGGCAAUUGCUUAAAUAUAUACAGGCUAUAUUUGUUAAUCCCAUUGAGUGUACACGCCUUGCCGCCGCGGGCGCUAAAUAUAACAACGCAGAAGCAGCAGAAUUGCUUACGCAAAAUCGUGCUGAAUUUAUGGCCCGUGCAAAGGACUGUGCAUUAUCCAGCAAAGAACGUAUUUACGAUGAACCACCUACUGAGGAUCCACAUUAUAUAGUAUUUGAAAAGUUCGAUAGCGACAUACACGGACCCAUAAAAGAACGUAUUUGCACAGGCAAAGAAUUACCUGAAAGUCCAACCGCAGCAGCAAAUGGUCUUUCAUGGGUUAAGGAAGGUGAAUUCAAACCAUUAAGCAUUGAGUAAAGAAACAAGUAUUCUUUUGUGGUUAUAUACAUUUUAAAAACUUUGCCUUUUCUUCAUAAAAUAACACAUUGCAUUAUUGUAGUAAAAAU